AAAAGAAGGAAGCCACCAUUUCCUCUCCCCAAAUAAAUCGUCUCCAAACCCUAAUCCUACACUCGAUUCCCUUCCGCCAUCCCCGCGGCUUCCGAACUCAACAGAUCGAACCUACCAUCUCCCAGAAUGACAACUAGGUUGAGGAAGAACCGCAAGAAGCGUGGUCACGUGAGCGCAGGCCACGGCCGUAUUGGCAAGCACCGAAAGCAUCCCGGAGGUCGCGGUAAUGCCGGAGGAAUGCACCACCACCGUAUCCUCUUCGACAAGUAUCAUCCUGGUUAUUUUGGUAAAGUCGGUAUGCGAUACUUCCACAAGCUCCGUAACAAGUUCUACUGCCCGAUUGUCAACGUCGAUAAGCUAUGGUCAAUGGUACCCCAGGAGGUCAAGGACAAGGCAUCCAAGGAUAAUGUGCCCAUGCUUGAUGUUACUCAGUUCGGGUACUUUAAGGUGUUGGGGAAGGGAGUCUUGCCGGAAAACAAGCCGAUCGUGGUGAAGGCCAAGCUCGUGUCCAAGAUUGCCGAGAAGAAGAUUAAGGAGAACGGCGGAGCUGUGGUGCUUGCUGCUUAGGUUCGGCGCCUUUUUUGGUUAGGUUUCGUAUUUCAGCUUUUUUUGAGUAUGUCAAGACAUUUUUCUUGUGAUAGCUGGCUAUUUAGGGAUCAGUUAUGGGAUAUUAUAUUUUUGGAUCUUUUUAUCAUGUUUUUUUAUGGCAGAGAUUGUGUUUUUGCUAAGUAUGUUCCGUGGAAUCUGAAAUGGGUGGAUUGUUGAUUGGUUUGUGCUUGAUCACAAAAAAUAGUUUCUCCAUUAUGUGGUUAA